AUGGAUUCCUCAACAACGAAGACCGUCCACAGCACGCCCUCGGCCUCGUCGAGCCCAGGACUCUUCUCUCCCACCCUCGCCCCAAUUCGCACACAUCUUCCUCCGCUAUCAGAUGGGACUCCGCACUCGAGUCCGUACUUGCACCCGCUGCAGAUGCAUAAAGUUCGAGAAACCCACAAGGCCCAAGUCGAACAAGAUUUCAUCACCGGCCGAAAGCUCAUAAACCAAUACGAGAUCAUCAACGAGAUUGGCAGAGGCGUCCAUGGCAAGGUCAAGCUGGCACGUAGUCUGGAAACCGGGGACUAUGUGGCCAUCAAGAUUAUCCAACGCUUCUCCAAGAAGCGCAAGCUUGGUCGAGUCACCGUGUCACCAGAAGACAAGACAAAGAGAGAAAUUGCUAUCUUGAAGAAGAUCAGACACGCGAACGUGGUCGGCCUGCUGGAAGUCAUCGAUGACCCCGAGUUGAAGAAGAUCUACAUGGUGUUGGAACAUGUUGAGCUUGGAGAGAUUGUAUGGCGCAAGAAGGGCGACAAGCAGAUUUGUUACUACGAGCGUCGAAGAAUCGAGCGGGAACAGAAUGGAGAGAAGGAGACAGGCGAUGACGAGAAAUAUUUCAAAAUGCUGGAACGACGCCGACUUCGGAAGGAAGCCCAGAAAGCCAAGGUUUCCUCUCUACAACUGGGACAAGUUGACCAUUGGAGCUUAGAGCAUGGUGAAGAAGAGGAUGAAGUAGAAGGUGCAACGCUGUCACGGCAAAACACUCAUGAUUCUACACAGAACCUCUCGAGAUCUUACAGAUCUGCAUUCCGCUCAAAUCCAGGUUCUCGAGGACCUUCUCGACCACCUUCUCAAGCACCUUCUCGGACCAGCUCUCGCGCGCAUACACCUCUCCCUACUGAGUUCGAUAUUCCCGCCAUCGAUAGCGACAAUGAAGAUGAAACCCCGGGGCCGCUUCCUUCUCUUGGCUCCCAACACGGCUCAUCUUCUGCUCUAGAAGGCACAUAUUAUGGAUCCUAUCCCGAUGACCCUCCUUACCGUGGCCGUUCCCCAAGCAUGGCUGACAGUAUCAUUUCCCACAUGUCUUCUGUAGAUGGUGUGAUUCAUGAUGCAUUCGAGGACGACUUCUCCUAUGUUCCAUGCUUCACCAUCGAACAAGCGAGGUCAGCCUUCCGUGACACCGUUCUAGGUCUCGAGUAUCUCCACUACGAAGGCAUCGUUCAUCGUGACAUCAAGCCUGCCAACCUUCUCUGGACCAGAGAUCAUCGUGUCAAAAUUUCCGACUUCGGUGUUUCCUACUUUGGACGACCAAUCAGAGACGGCGAGACGGAAGAGAACAUCUCUGAAGCUGAUGCCACCGAUUUCGAUGAUGAUCUUGAGCUGGCCAAGACAGUUGGAACCCCAGCUUUCUUCGCUCCUGAACUUUGCUACACGGAUCUCGACAAAGAACAGCCCAAGAUCACGGAACAAAUCGAUGUCUGGUCAUUGGGCAUCACUCUAUAUUGUCUCGUUUUUGCUCGCAUCCCCUUCCUCGCUGACGAUGAAUACCAACUGUUCCGCGCAAUCGCGAAAGAAGAUGUAUACAUCCCUAGAAGACGCCUCAAGGCCGUUGACCCGAACUGUACCACACCACAGACAAACCCUAUAAAACGUACUGGUCCAUCGACUGGUCCAUAUAGAGAGGAAGGAGAACUCGCGUUCGAGGAUAUUGACGAUGAGUUAUAUGAUCUGCUUCGAAGAAUGCUGAUCAAAGACCCCACGGAACGAAUGAAGCUGCGAGAGGUCAAGCGCCAUCCGUGGGUCGUCCGCGGUAUUGACAACAUUAUUGGAUGGCUGGACGACACAGAUCCAUCGAGGAAGACAGCAGGCAGAAGGAUCCAAGUCGACAAGAACGAGUUGGAGCGUGCCGUUGUCCCUAUUACCUUCUUGGAGCGUGCUCGUUCGGCUGUCAAGAAGGCUGUUGGGAAGGUGAUUGGUGCCACGAGAAGUGAUACGAGAAGCGAGGGGUCUCGACGAAGAGCUGUAAGCAAUGCUACAAGCUCAGGAACGGAUACCCAACACCAUUCUCCUCUAACCCCCAUUCUACGAGAUAGCAGACGAGCAAGCCUUCGGGGAGACGAGUCCUAUUUCGCAAGCCUCGCCGACCUUCAUGAUCAUCAUCGAGAACCCACUGAGCACCCACUCGCCCAAAGUCAAACAGCAAGUCCCAACCUUUCUGUCCAUGAAGGGGACCCCUUUGCAGUUGACUUUGCUCCGCAAUCUCUCUCGGUAGGAGCUACCCCUAAACGUGAACGAGUACCCUCGUCCGCGGCAGAUCCUGAUACAAGACCAGGUGCGCCGGAACGUACCGUCUCGGCGGCGGCGUCGGUUCAGACUGUCGUACAUCGCGGGCAUUCCUAUUCGCGGUCGAUGAGUACAACAGACAAUGGCCAACGUUCUCCUCGAUCUCCACGCCACUCUCCUGAUUUCAUGGAGGCUUUAUUUGGUGGUCAUCUAUGGAAUGGAAGAGGCAGAGAAGGGAUGCCAGACAUCGAAGAGUCACCUUCACGAGCUCGAUCGGUCGACCGAAGUCUUUUCGAGUCGGAGAACAAGCACAGCGAACCAAGUAUCGCAAUGAGCACUGCCACCGCCCCAGGACUCUUCCAGCAUCCUAUUCAUCUGCAUCAUCCAAGGCCGUUAUCUCGUUCAAAUGAUGUCAGCCCCACCAAUCUCGGGCACGACAAACCACUCGCCUCUCCACUAUUCUUCCAACCCUACAUGGUCCAAGCUCACUACGCUCAACAGUCCUCUCAAUCAACACCAGACGUUCCCCAUGUUGCUCUUGCCGCAUCGAACCUCGAUGAUAGACCUGCUACAGCGAGCAAGACCCCUGAAGGCAAGACUCCAGCUCCACGGAUCUAUGGAGCCAGCACUCCGCAAUCCUUCAAAAGAGCCCAAGAUGCUUUAGAGAGAAGGAGAAGGCUAGAAGACCAUGCUGAGAAGAUGCGACAACAACUCACACAAGAAGCUCUUCAGCGGAAUCAAACACCGGUAGAGUGUCCACCCUCGCCAGAUGAUGAGAUUUUUAUGAGACAAGAAGAUGCAGCCAGACGUGCGAGGUCGUACAGUUCAGUCAACUCGAACAGUAUGGCAUCUCAAAUCACGUCUCCGUCUGACAUCACAUCUCCAGUUUCUUCAGACAAUCUUGGUUCUACGGAUCAAUUCUACCCUUCGGUUCCCUCGCUACCUGCUCUUAUCUCGGGUGCUUCUUCAGUCUCGGCCGAUACCGAGGGUGAAAUGCUUCAACGUCCUGGCUCAGUUCGACCUCCUGACCAUGGUAUCACUACAUACAGCACGCCAGAGACUCUUACUCCACCGUCGCUCUCGAAGCAGACCUCACUUGAGACCGACACCCCUCAUGUGACUACUGCUGAAGACGCUAUUCUUCUCUCGCCUGAUGAAGACGAUGACGGAUACAAUGGUGAUGGGGACACCACUUUCACGGCCGAGGACGAGGAUUCUGAUAGCGAUGAAGGUCUCACUAUGUCGAGGCGGAAACCCAAACCCAAGUCCCCGACAACCGAUGUUAAGGCUGAACUGAAGACGCAUGAGAGGAGGGGUACAAAUGCUAGUGUUGGUAGCACCGAGACUGCCAAGAAGGUGGUCAUGGAGGGCUGA